GCCGUAAACUCGCCGGGCACCGCGGCCUCGCCCUCCGCCCCUGCGCCCCGCCGCCCAGGCCGCCGCCCCCCGCCCGCGCCGCCGCCCCCGACGGGGAGGACCAUGGCGAAGGUGGAGCAGGUCCUGAGCCUCGAGCCACAGCACGAGCUCAAGUUCCGAGGUCCCUUCACUGAUGUCGUCACCACCAACCUGAAACUUGGCAAUCCAACAGACAGAAAUGUGUGCUUUAAAGUGAAGACCACAGCGCCGCGCAGGUACUGCGUGCGGCCUAACAGUGGGGUCAUUGAUGCCGGGGCCUCUCUCAAUGUGUCUGUGAUGUUACAGCCUUUCGAUUAUGAUCCCAAUGAGAAAAGUAAACACAAGUUUAUGGUUCAGUCUAUGUUCGCGCCACCUGACACUUCUGAUAUGGAGGCAGUAUGGAAGGAGGCAAAACCAGAAGACCUUAUGGAUUCAAAACUUAGAUGUGUGUUUGAAUUGCCAGCAGAAAACGCUAAACCACAUGAUGUAGAAAUAAAUAAAAUUAUACCUACAAGUGCAUCCAAGACAGAAGCACCGGUGGCUGCUAAGUCCCUGCCGUCGUCCCUUGAUGACACCGAAGUGAAGAAGGUGAUGGAGGAGUGCAGGCGGUUGCAGGGGGAGGUGCAGAGGCUGCGGGAGGAGGGCCGACAACUCAAGGAAGAAGACGGGCUUCGGGUGAGGAAGGCGCUGCAGAGCAACAGCCCCAUGGCAGCUCUGGCUGCCCCCGGCAAGGAGGAUGGCCUCAGCGCCCGGCUGCUGGCUCUGGUGGUCUUGUUCUUCAUUGUUGGCGUCAUUAUAGGGAAGAUUGCCUUGUAGAGGCCGCAUGCGAAGGAGGGCAGAUUGGAUUGAUGGAUCUACCGCAUCAUGGGAUCUAAAUUUAUCAUAACCAUGCGUAAAAAGAAAUUAAUGUAUGAUGACAUCUCACAGGUCUUGCCUUUAAAUACCCCUCCCCAUGCACACACAAAUGCACACACAAAUAUAGCAUAAUAUAAUGAUCUUUUAGGAAGUUAAAAAUGUAUAGUAAAUGGACGGGGGAAGAAUGGUCUGUUACUGAGGGACGCCGUGAUUUCCACAGUGGCUUAUUGUAGCUGUCACAUUAAACUCGGGUAGGCCUUGGCACAUGUUCCUAGUCACCUCUCUUAAAGCAGAAGCUCUUUCUCACAUGUUGGGGCUGGCCUUUGGGAGCAGGAGUCCUGUGAGGUGGGGUGUGCUGUCCCCUCCACAGCCACCUUGUGCUGACUAGUCUCACCCAGGUGGCUUCCCCAGGCCUGCUGUUCUGUCCAAGUCAUCGGCUCCUCAGGCAUGCAGAGCUACAGAAGCCAAAACACCUUGCAUGGUGGCCACAUCUUGGGUACUUGUAGGUCAUGAGUGAGAGACACGAGUCUCUGUGUUCUGCUCUCUUAAAGGGACCAAACUCAGUCUGUUGGUUCGUGUAGUGACACUGAGCUGUUACCAGAGAUGUGUGCUGCACAUCUGGCUUACUCAGUGUGUUCCAUCUCGUGUGUCCCACUCUGCUGUCGCCGAGUGCAGGCAGUGCUGCGGCCUGCACCUCACCUGUGCUGGGAGUACCAUGGAGUACCAUACCAGUGAGGGCGUUGCCGCUGGUGGCACCGUGGCUCCCGGUCUCUGGAGGUCCAAGGGAUGGGGAGAGUCUGAGUCAGGAGACAGCUGCCAGGAAGUGUUUUGUUGUGGAUCAGUGACAACUGUCCCGAAGAGGGACACUCUUUGUAGUGACAGUCAGCUCUGGGUUACCCAGUCUUCUAGAUUGUUCUCUCCUCACUCUCCGCUACGGCUCAUUCUUCUAGAACAUAGGCCAGGUCUGACCUGCCCGUUUCCGGAUGAAUGAGUCAGGCUGCCCGAGGGUGCAGGGUGUGGAGCUGGGGAGGAGAGCGCCUCAGCAAAUCCAUCUGCUGGUAAUGAAGAGUCUGGACUGUGAAUUAAUUUCAUGCCCUAAAAGACCAAUCCAGUUCUGCUCAACUCUAUGUAGCAUCUUAAAAGAAGAAAUUAAAAUAAAGUCCCAAAUUAAGAGUUCUUUUGUCAUUUUGUCACAUUUGCUGUGUGUGGGAUUAUUGUUAUUAAUCAUCGUUAGCAUGCCAUGGAAGGUUGAUUUUAAAAUGAGCUCUAUCAGUGGGAAGCACAUGUUUAAUGAUUUGACUAUACACACAUCUGUGUACACACGCACACACACACACACACACACACACAUUACUAUUUUAUUAUUAUAUUUUUAGUUGGCUUCAGCUAACAGUACAGAAAAUAAAACUCCUGCUGUCUCAGGCCCGCUGUCCUUUCUCUUUUGUGACCUUGGCCCUCAGUGACAGGCUUGGGUCUGACAGGACAAGGCCAUCUAAAGGAAGACUGGCCUGGAUCCCCCAAGCCACACUGCUGCUGUACAUGACUGGCCAGCUGGCGCUUUGAGAUGGUGAGAUGGGGUCUGGGUGGCCGGAGUAUGUGGCUUCCUCUCUCUGAGUGACCCCAGGUGUUCUCAAGAAAUGCUCAGGAGCUGUGAUCAUCCCACUCACCAGUGCAUUUCCGUGUACUUGAGAAAGGGAGGGUUGAACCGAGAGGUCUGGCCUGCCCCCCCCCCCCUCCCCAUCUUUCCACAGUAGCCUGAGGUUUGUCAGUCGACUCGUUGCUAGUAAUCCUUUGGCAGCUUCUGGCCCUUCCUGGUUUUGAGAGCAGAGUAACUCAGGGCCUCCACCAGUACCUGAUGGGGUCAUCUAGUUCUGUGACACCAGAGCCAAGGUUUGCAAGUGUUCUUACAGGACGGCCAUGUGUGCUAGAAAAAAAUCUUCAGAGGCACAGCCAGAUGUCGAGAGUAAAGCUUGUCUGGAAGCUGCCACGGUGGGGCCUUGGAAGGUGAUUGUUUGCGUGCUGUGAGAGUGUGUUUAGCUGGCCGGAGAUUGUGGGCACUCUUGCUGCAGGGGCGGCAACAAGUCUCAAGAUGCACAGAUGUCCGUCCUUUCUGCAGCCCUUGGAAGCCUUUUCUUGGAGAGACGAGGACUGUCUGGGCAUGGUAGUUCGUGGGGCCUGACUGAGGAGAGGAUGGAAACUAGGCAGCACGGUAAUUCUCCAGGUCAACCCAUCAGUAAAGAACGUGCUGGAAGAGAGAGGUGUCUGAUGGGAGAGUGCUUUUACAUUUGGAGCCCUGAAGAGAGGUGUGUGCAUUUGGGGUGUCUUUUUUGAAAUUUUCAGAGAAAAAAAAGCAAAACAAAAUUGAGUAAGGCAAAAAGGAGGUGAUUGUGGCUCUCCAGAGAGCAGAGUCAGAUGUUUUGGACGGUGUAAAGCUGAGACCCUGUGGGAUGGCAGUCGUGAAGCAGCCUGGGCAGGCCUGGUGGGUGUCCUGGCUUUGGGAACACCAGUCACAGUGCUCACAGAGGGACUCAGUAGCAGAGUCCCAUCAAUUCCUAUUGAUUGGAUUUCUAAGUUGAUCAUUUCAGCUUGGAAUGGUACAGAGCACCUCUUAAAGACAGCAGGCACUAUUAUCUGUCGGGGUGAGGCUCUGGCUUUCAUUUUUUUCUCCUCCUACUUUGCAUGUUUUCCCUCUCUGGUCUUUUAAACUGCUGGCAGCAGCAGUAAUAAAUACUGAUAAAAUCAAAAUUGAUUUUUACCAGUGGACAGUUUAUGCCUAGAGAGACGGCUUAUACCUACAUAACACAGCAAGGGGAAUGAAGAACCUCCAGUGAGCCGUGAAAACCGAACCGCUUUCAAACAAAUCCUAGGAACAGCAUUGCCGUGUGAAGAUAGCAGUGCCCAGCCUGCAGGCUGUGUUGAGUCAGACAGAACCGAACGGAGGAGUGAGAGCUCCGAGCUAAAUGGCCCUUCAGAUUAAUUUGAAAACAAACCCUGUUUUCAAAUUACAUGUGCACGUGUAUGUUUGUGUGUAGCAUAUGUGCUGUGUGUAGUAGCUUGACAGUUCCCAAAUGGUGCCUCUUAUUUUUUGCACACAAAUCUUGGUGUUUUCAAACUCAGAGUCCAUGCCAAAAUGCAGUGUCAUUUGGCAUUUCCAGUUCCUCAGAAUAACUGGCCCAAGUGCAGAUUUCUGGUUACGGUUUGCAAAAUCCUUGUAAGGGAGAGACCGGAACACAGAGAGAGCUGGUUCUGUGACUUAGGUCAUCCUGUAUACCGGAGUGACAUUCUGCUUUCCAAACCUUCUUCAGUAUAAGAGGCCAGUGUUCCUUUGCUUGCAGUGAUAGCCAUGUCUCCUUUGGAGCCUGUCCACUGUGAUGGAAGGGACGAGUAAAACUUUGCGUAACUGGAAGGCACCAGCCUCAUCCUAAUUACACUUGACCGUGUUUGAUGUUACUGAGAGGGAAUGCUUUUCAGAGCCAACCAAAAAUGCAAUUGUGUAGAUGGAUGGGUGCCGUUUGCAGCACAACGAGGCUCUGCCAUCAUUCUCUGAGAACACAAAGGGCAGCGCUGAGAUCAUGGCCCACCGGCUCCCUCAGGGUUCCUUGGCCUGAUUGGAUGUGGAGAAGGCCUUUCCCCUCCCCAGAUGGAGCCUCCUGUGAUAGGAACCUUUCUCAACGCCAUGCUGGCUGCAGAGCACCUUCAUAGAACCUCAUGCCAGGCUCGGUCCUACACACAGAGACGCGAAAGCUCAGUGUAUUAAGCUGGGCAACCUUUUGGUUUAGAGCUAAAUGAGUCCCAGCCUGCGUGUGCAGCCUGCAUGUACUUGCUAAGACACUGCUUGCUGGAGAUCUGGGGAUCAGGAAGGGUUCAAGGAGGAGAGAGGUAUUUGCUGCCCUGUACCUCAGCUCACCAGCACUGUCUUGUCUGUCACUUUGACCCAGCCAGUGUUUCCAGGCUGAGCUGGGAGAGCCAGGGCUCUGGCAUGGCCCGAGCACAUCCCACAUUUUGGAUACAUGUGGCUGUUUCCACUUCUCUCACUGCCCGUGUGCCUGGGGAAUAACUGGGAGCUUUAGAAAGAAAAUUACCACUGUGUCUCGGUGAGGUAAGGUUGCUUUAUCUGGAGGCUCCUUAUAACUUGUAAAUUAAAUGUGAAUGAGAGAAGUUCAUUAAAAUUGGCAUUAUAGAAGUGGCCUAUUGAGGUUUGAAAGCAGCUGAGAUCGUGUCUGGGCUCUCUCUGAACCUGUGGAGAAAUACAUGAGCCAGUGACAGGCGACUGUUACAGAAGCGUCAGGUGCAUCGCUGCCCUCUGCCUGGCUCCCAGCCACCUGAUGGCCGCUGCAUGCUCAGAGCUUGAGGAUCAGCCACCGGGAGUAUUGACUAUUUGGGGUGCCUGAGGGAACCAGACCCCUAAGGAAGGGGGUGAGAGCCAUUUCCACAGCAGCACGCUGGUAGUUGUCAGCCCAGUUCAUUUAUUCCCCUUACAGAGGUACACAUGAACAACCUUAGAGGCACAGCACACACCAACAUCUGAGUAUUAUGUUAAGAGAUCUGGGGAAGGUGGAGGAAAGGUGGUUUCGAUGAAUGUAACAAUUUCCUUAGAUUUUUUUCCUUUCCUUAAUGGGAUUAAUUUAUUAGAAUAUAUGUGCAUUCGCUCUUCAGAAGAGGAAGGAAAACUAGCAACAGAAACAGCCAUUAUCCAACUUGCCGUAGAUAUUUGCAGUUAUGACACCUUGGAAUGUUGCCACGGUGUGGGUUACACUGAUGAAAAGAUGUCAGUGGGAAGAAGCACAGCUGUGGGGCACCAGGGCUGCCGCCACACAAAUGCUGAUGUUUAUUCUGAACCGGGAAGCAUUGAUCCUGUAACAAUGCCCUAUUACAGUUGCUGUAUUGCAGCGAGGGGCUGAUGCGGGUUUAAUCAUCUCGCUAAUGGAUGCUCUGCCUUGCAUUCCCGCUUGCAUUCCCGCCUGCAUCCUGAUGAGCCCCAGGAGCUGGCAGGGCCAUUGCACAGUGGAGCUGCAGCCACAGUUCCGUGUCCCUGAUGCUCAAAAGCCACGUCUGGUCAAAAUAAAACAGAUUACACGUUACUUUCCACCUCCCUCCAGAAAGCACCGUCUACGGGAGACAAAUCAGAUCUUUUAACACAAUCCCAUUAAGGCUCUGUGCUAACAAGAAUGCAGAGCUCACAUGAUUUACAAAGAUGAUGAAUUAGCACGCGCGUUCCACACAUCGACUCGCCAUUUCCCCCCUUUAAGGCUCCAUCUUUUUUAUGGACGGGCUGCCUGCAUUCCCAUUUCUUUGCUUUUUAGAAGUAAACUAAAUUCGGCUGCUAGCCCUUUAGUGCGGCAUUUAUUUAAGAGAAAAAAAAAAAAGCCUUCCCAUCUAGUCUGAGAUGGCGUCAAAGGUCAGAAUUUAUUGUCUGUGAUGCUGAAACCAUGUGCACAAAACUGUCUUCUGUUCACGACCCAUCUGGCAGAUGUUUCUAAAGCGCUCUCUCUAUUUUCCACACUGGAUGAAGUGCUGAGGAAGGAAUCUGUAGGAGUCAUUUGGCAUGUGUAUCGCUGGUAAGCGGCCUACGUGUGGUGAGCUGCGCUCUUAGGUAGAAAAAUGCAAGAUGCAACGGGCUUAUUUUUGUGGCUAACGUACCUUUUGUUGUUGUUCUGUUUUGUUUGUUUUGUUUUAAUAAAAUAUAUGAACUGCUG